AUGAAACUUUCUUCAAUAACAGCCAAGCUCUUUGAUAAAUUUGCCCGAACAAUAGUAUGGAUUCUCCUUACUCUCACAUUUGUUGUCCAAUACUUUAAUCCUCAUGUAACAAUCGAAAUCCAACACUAUCACGAUAAAAUCCGCGAUGGAAUUAUACGCGAUCUAACAUUAGAAGGCGGAAACUUUUGCAACAGAAAUUUAAUUCAUGGAAUAAGCAAUAAAUUUAAAAAUAGAGCACUUAAUUACGUCGCAGAAAAAAUAUUUACUUAUUCUUACACUUUAAAUGCUACAGAGAGACGACCAAUUGAUUAUGUGAAGAAAUGUAUACUAUCAACUAAUCAAAAAUUCUUCUGUCCAUAUAAAAUUCCUUUUAUAGAAAAAGAAAUCAAUGAAAAAUGGUGGUAUUCAAAAGAAAAUUUCACUCUCCAAUACUAUUUCCCAGAGCUUACUAUAUUUCAUCAUGGAUUACGUGAUGCUGAUUCAAAAAUCAAAGAUUAUAUCCGAGAAAAAUAUUUUAUUGACGCAGGCGCUUUUAUUGGUGACUCUGCAACAUAUAUUGCAAGAUAUACGAACAAACAAGUGUACAGUUACGAACUUAGCGCUAAAAAUUAUAAAGAUUUACUAAAUUAUUCAAAAAUAAACAAGAUGGACCAUAAAAUUGUAGCUUUUAACUACGGAGUUGGUGCCAAACAUGACUCCUAUUUCAUCCAUGAUAGCAGAAGUGGCAUAACUUCGCCUAAAAAACGAGAUUCGGGAACAAAAGUCGAAAUUGUUACAAUUGAUGAAGAAGUAGCGAAACACAACAUCGAAGUUGGCUUUAUUAAAGCAGAUGUUGAAGGUUUCGGACUUCAAGCAGCGCUAGGAGCUGCAAAAACCAUCCAAAAACAAAGACCAGUUUUGGCAUUCCAAAUGUACCAUAAUAUGGAAGAAUUUUUCGGAAUUCCUGAGUUUGUUAUGACAUUUCCUAACUACAUUUAUUAUUUUAAUGUCGGAGCUUUUAAUAUUGACGCACUCGGAGAGUUUGGAAUCUUCGCUUUCCCCGCUGAGGUCCUCUAUCCACCCCAGACACAGGAACAAUGGCAUGAAAUCAAAUCUUAUGUUCCUCCUGCUUAUUCUUAUUCAUAA